CCAAAAGUUAGGGUUGAAAAAUGACUCAAUCGUUGGGCCCCACUUGCUCCUCAUCUCACCGCCUCCACCAGGGUUCCUCUUCCUCCGCCGCCGCCUCUCCGCCGCCUCCAGAGCUUCUCCGUCUCCCCCGCCGCCUUCUUGCUCCCUCAUUGGGACCCUGUUUUUUUCAGGCUUGAUCCGAGAGUACCUGGUCUCUAGCGUGUCUGAUUACUUUAUCUUUUCAUGUUCUAGUAGUGAUGGCUAUAGAUUUAGUAGUACUUGCAGUUCCAUAGCGAUGUGCGGGUCAUCCACUCAUUUGAUUUGAUGGAAUAACUCUUCUUGACAGUCUAGAAGAUAAGUUCAGCUGAAGAGGGGUUUUGGGGGGGAGAGAACAAGAUGCCUCUGUAUGACUGCGUGCUUUUGCUGAAACCCCAUGUCAAGAAGGAAGCUUUGAUGGAUAUGGUGGCUCGGAUAGGAAGAGACGUCUAUAAGAAAAACGGGGUCGUCACUGAGGUAAAAUCAUUCGGGACGGUCCAGUUGGGUUAUGGUAUCAAGAAGCUUGAUGGGCGAUUCUUUCAGGGUCAGAUGAUGCAGUUGACCAUGAUGGCUUCACCAAUGAUGAGCAAAGAGCUGCAUUACUUGAAUAGGGAAGAUAGAUUAUUGCGCUGGCUUCUUGUGAAGCACCGAGACACAAAAUAUGGGCUGGAAUUUCUUACUGAAGAAGAUGAGAAGCGUGAACUGAGCAGAUUUCCUCGUAGUUCUAUAUUUGAUGAUGAGGAUGCAGAUAAGGAUGUAGAUGAUGAUGAGGAUGACGACGACGACGAAUAUGAGGUGGACGGAGAGGAAAGGAAAGAACAAUAAAGAGCAAAUCGUCAUGUCUGGGGUCAUGAAUUUUGUUGAUUUGAUGCGUAUUCGGGUCUUGCUUCAGUGUUAGCAGAUGCUCAUGCUCGUGUUUAGUAUCUCUCAAAUGCAAAAUGUGAUUCAUUUUUUGUGAUUCUGCCAUCUACCUGUUGAAAGUAGCUGUGAGAAUGAAGGUUUUAGUUCAUUUUUGCAGGUUUCUUUUGUCAGUGAGUGGUUUGAAGUACCAUACUUUAACUAGUACCAUAUACAGAAAUGAGGGAGACUAUUGCAUGACUGCAUGUUGGAUUUGUGUCUCACGAGCAGGCCAAUCUCAAGAUCUUCAUCUGAUUAUGG